CCCAACCGGUUCGGAAGGCGCCGGCAGAGCCGCGGCCCGCCCAACGCCGCCGGGCGGGGUCCGGAGCAGGGCGGGCGUCGUUCUCGGCUCGCCGCCCGGCCCGGCCCGGCCCAGCCCAGCCCCUCCCCGCCGCCUGAGUCACUUCCCUUCUGGGGCAGCUGCUGCCAGCCCGGCCCGGCCCUCGGAUCGCAGGUAGCAUCAUGGACGAGUACAAAGGGUUAACCGAUAAUGAACUGAUUGCCCGUUUGAAGAAAUAUGCCAUCCCACAUGGGCCUGUUGUUGGAUCAACUCGGAAGCUUUAUGAAAAGAAAAUCUAUGAAUAUGAGACAGAGCGGACACAGCACCCUGGCAGAUCAGAGGCCUAUACGGAGCCAAAGAGCAGCCAGAGCUACACACGAGAGAUCUUUGUGAGUCCUCGGGGCAGGGAAGAUUUCAACUAUGGGAGAGAAGUUCUUGGUUCCACAAAGACAUAUUUAAAGGAAACCUAUGACUACCCAAGACAUGAGGAAUAUACCGAUUAUGGAAACGAAGACCCUAGUCCCACGAAGUCUUACCUGAGUCAUAACUACAGUGUCCCCCGCCACGAAGAACGCUCCACAUAUAUAACAAAAGACUGGGAUAUCAACUCUGAGGACUCCACAUCUUCCUACCGCUAUGAGUCAUCACUGGACAGCAGUUCGCCUCUGAGUGCCCGCCAGCCGAUCGCAGAGCCAUAUCCCUACAGUUCUGGUUUGAGGAAUGUCCCAUCUGAGAGGGACAGCAGUUCCUACCAGACCAUCUUCCAUCGGAAAUCGUCCGGCCCGUCCUCACUGGGAGUGGAGCCCCGCCGUGCCAUCCGUCCCGAGCGCCGGGCUGCGGCGGCAGAAACGGCUACAAGCAGCGAUAGGGGAGCCAAGCGUUACCUACCCCUCUGGCCGCAGCUCCUGAUCUUUGUGGCGCUGGCAGGUUUCCUGGUCUUCGCCUACUUCUUCCUGCAAGCCGAUGCAGACGAUAACCCCUUUGUGAAGAAACUUCAGCACUGAAGCCCUCAGUCACAGGCUUGCGUCUAAAUAGGGGCUGCCCAAGAGCCCAGAAUGGUUAUCUGGAGCCAUCACUAAGUGCCUUCUGGUUUGUAACCUUAAAAUGGAGAGAUGCAGAGGGGACGGGGGUACAUACAAAGCUGCCUUAUACUGAAUCAGCCCCUUGGCCCAUCCAGGUCAGGAUUGUCUACUCAAACUGGCGGCUUCUCUCCAGGAUUUCCAGUACCUACUGCCAGAUCCUUUAACUGGAGAUGCUGGGACGUGGACCGUGCGCCUUCCCCCCGCAUGCCUAGCAGAUGCUCUCUCGCUGAGCCAUGCUCCCCCCCCCCAAUGUGUGUGAAGGGUUCCUACCGAUUUUCCCGACUCCUGGCCGCUCCCUUCCACUCCCCUGCAUCUUUGUCCAUCAAUUCUUUAUCAGCUCUGUGGGGGCAUUUUUCCAGCUCUUUUUUUUUAGCCUCUGCUUUAUCAUUGGGGUGGCUUGCUUUCUUGUGGGGUGAAGGGAGAGGGGAAAGAAGAAAGGGAAGGGAUGUAUCCGCUUUUUAAAAGACAUACUAAUGUAUAAAAUCUUUUAAUAAACACCACUGAAGAAGACUUUUUAAAAAAAGA